GCCAAGUGAGUCGAAGGGGUCGUCGAUUUCUAUUUUAUCCGUCAAUACAAAUUAUUUACUCUCACUAUCCAGUUGUGAAUAAAACUGAAAUCAGAAUUUGAUCCCGUAAUUACAGGACUCGAAUGGAGUUCAAAUGAAACGAAAGAAAACCGAAAGAUUCAGAAUCGAUGAAGAGAAAAAUCUGACACCCAGGGAACUGUCAGCAUGACACCCCUCUUCGACAGCCAGGAUUACUACAAGAAGAUGCUGGAGCUGCAGGAGAAGCUGCGCAAAAGCGAAGAAGAGAGGAUUCGCCUGGAGGAGCGUUUCAACCACCUGGAGCAGGAGUCUCGAACGAGGCACGAGGCAUGCAUAAAUAAACUCAGAAUGAGGUACAUUGAGUUUCUGGAGGAGGAGAGACUGAGGGAUGAGAGGAAUACCAAAUUACUGGGUGCAUUGGACAGGGUUGACUCCAGUUUGGCCUUGAUGAGUGCUAAGACUGAUAAACUUCAGUCCUUAAGGAAGGAGUACGAGGCCUCGAUAUUGCGAGCGAGUGGAUCUCGUCGGACCCCAAGUAUGGCAGGAGAUUCUGGUAUUCUAAGUCAGGGAGAAGAUCGAAGACUCUUCAAGCCACAUCUCACGCCUUCUCCAUCGCUCUGUACUCUAGUGCCGCCACGAAGAACGCAGACCUAUUCCAGGCCCCUCUCGUACCCUUCACGUCCCACCCUGGACUUCCAUGAGCGUUUUCCCACGAAAUCCCGAGACCUGAAUGACACUUGGUGCCUGCCACGUCUCAAGCUCCCAGAGGAGCCCCUGAGAGCCCCUCGAUAUCUCCCUCAGAACUCCUCCCCCUUCCAGUACCCGGAAAUCAGUCCCCUGAGACCCUCGAAAAUGUCCUCCCUACUCAUUCCCAAGCUGGAGGACGAGGAAACGGGAAAUGCAGUGGAGAACGAGCUCGAGAGGUACAUCAGCAAGAUCAGGACACUCCAUGGGGAGCAGGAGCAGAGCCAAGAGGAUCACGAGCAGAACACCAGUGGAGAUUUGUUGAACGUCACUCUCUCCGAUGACGGCCUGGAUCAUUUACCCCAGGAGGAAAAGCAGAAGAUUCCUGAGAGAAUCGAGAAAGUCCUGGCUCUCGCCGAAGACCUGGCAGCUCAAGUCCCUCCAGAAAUUCACGCAGACACCAAUUUAUCUGAAAUUCAAGAAGAGAACUCCCCCCAGGAGGUAGAAACCACUAAAUCCACUGAGGGAGAAUCCCCAGAAAAUAUAGAACCCGACGUCCAUGUCCCCCAGGAAGUCGAGGUUCAAUCCCCCGUGAUUUUAUUAGAAACAGCAGAGAAAACUGAUGAUGGAAUUGAUGGAGGCGAUGAAAUAGAGGAAUUGAAGCCCCUGGAGAGUCUCCAGGAGGUUCAGGACGUCGUGGAAAUUCGGGAAGGAGUUCCCGGGGAGUCUGAAGAUGCUGGGGACGUUGGAGGAGCUGAAGAGGCUCGGGGAAAUAAUAUAGAGGAGUCUGGAGGCAGUCCAGAGGUAAAAGUCAGUGGAGAAGACGUAGGGCAGGAGAAUUCGAAGGCAGAAGAUGAAAAACCCCAGGAGCCGUACCAGGGAGAUUAUCAAGAGACUCCUGGGUACGACUACAAUCAGGGAGAGAAUUAUCAGUACCCUGAAGGUUAUCAAUACAAUUACGAUGGGACUGGCCAGAUGGAGGGGUACGCAGGGGAAUACCAGGGGGAGAAUUACAGUCCUGGGUAUCAGGAGAGCUACCCCGAGGGGGAGAAUCCUCAGUACUCACAGGGAAAUUAUGGAGAAGGGGCUGGAGAGUACCAGGAGGGCACCUAUGAGGCAGAUCCUAAUGCACAGUACCAGGAGGGGAGUUAUCCUCAGGAAUAUCAGGGCGAAUAUCCCACUGAGGGUCAGGGGUAUGAUCCUAGUUAUGGAUAUUCUUAUGGUCAGGGGUAUCAGGGCUAUCAGGAGACUCCUCAGGCUCCAGAACAGGUCCAUGUGGAGGAGCCCAAGGUUGAGGACUCCAAGGAGGAAUCCAGGGUCGAGGACACCAGGGAGAUCGCCAAGAAAAAAAAGGAUGUGAUCAAGUCGAUUUUGGAGUCGGAAACUGAAAGUAGCAUUGAACGAAAUACUGAGAACACUGAGAGUGAUUUUGAUUUUAAUUAGUGAAACAGCGG